UAUCAGCAGAAAUAAAUAAGUCGUCGCUCCCCCGCGUUUUGAGAAAGGUGGUAGAGCUCAGUGCCCUCUGAGCAGCUCCACAGCGAAGCGACAGGAGACGAGGAGAAGGCAUCAUGGUGAACUUUGCGUUGUUGGUGCGAGAGCACUGGGUCAAUGUCCUGGUUCCCCUGGGAUUUGUUGUUGGUGUCUACCUGGACAGGUGGAAUGAUCAGAAGUUGACAGCAUUCAGGAACAAGAGUGCGUUGUACAGCAGGGAACUGAAGCCUGGUGAGGAAUACACCUGGAAGUGAAGACUCCCUCUGCAUAUUUAUUGGACCUCCUGCUCUGUUCAUGUUGACAUUCUGUUGUCCUAAGCCCUGUAAAUGACUUUUCAGUAACAUUUGUGAUGUAAAAUAUAUUGAUCCAACAAAA